AUGGGGGAUCACUUUGAUUUACUGGUGGAUCGAUUGCUUACGGAAUCGACGUUAGAGGCUGCGAUUGAAAGCAGAAAGCGGGCGAUGCAGGCUGCGUCUUCGGUGGUGAAUGACGCGGAAAUUGAUCUGUCUUUGUUGAAGAUGGGUCUGGAUAGUGUGAAAUGUUCAGGGAAGAUGGUGGAAUGUAGGAUAUGUCAUGAUGAUGAUGAUGAUUCGAAUAUGGAGACACCUUGCUCUUGUUCUGGUAGUUUGAAGUAUGCGCACCGAAGAUGUGUACAACGAUGGUGUAAUGAGAAGGGUGACACCACCUGUGAGAUAUGUCACCAGCCAUUCAAACCUGAUUAUACAGCUCCUCCUCCGCUAUUUCAAUUUGGACGAAUUCCAAUGAGUUUCAGGGGAAAUUGGGAAAUUUCGCGAAGAGACUUAAAUAGUACUCAUUUGGUUAGCAUGGUUCCCUCUGACCAGAGCCUUAACAAUUCCAACUAUGAUCAAUAUUCCGCCUCUUCUUCAGGAAGUUUGAUAUGCUGUCGUUCGGUUGCUAUCAUUUUCAUGGUUCUGCUGAUUUUAAGACAUACACUUCCCCUGCUCAUUAGUGGAAGUAAAGACUUUUAUUUCCCACUUUUCAUGGUUUUAUUAUUUCGGAGUGCUGGAAUUGUCGUACCUAUAUACUUCAUGGUUAGAGCAGUGGCACUAAUCCAGCGACAUCGGAGACAACAUCGAGAGCAUCCUAGUGUCUUGGUAAGUUCAUCGGAUGAUGAAAUCGAGCAAGGAGGUUUGCAGCCUCAACCUCAUAUCAUACAUGUAGUGUAA